CCGGUUUUUACACAAGUACGCCGCACGAGCGCACAAAGUUUGUAACAAACUUUGUAUACACAUUCUAAUUUUUGUAUAUGUGUGUGUAUGUAUUUUGUUCACACAUAGACGAGUGGGUCGAGGCCGGCCAGCCAGGACCCCACGACCAUGGAACAAGAUCACGAUUCUUCACCUUGCUCGGACCUUGCCCUUGAUUCUUUUUGACAGGUUGGUGCAGAAGCCCUGUGCAGGGGCGACUAGGCCGUUCAGGAGAAAGCGUGGGCUGAGUCGCAAUAGGCCCAGAAGUUUUCUGAGCUGACAAGAUUCGACAAUCAUGUCAGCUGCAAAAAACCCAAAGCGGCAAUUUGAAAAAAGUAAUUUCACGAGAUUGUCGAUGCGCUGGAAUGCGGGGGAAUGCCAAGAACUCACUAUGACAGGCAAGAUGGAACCUGUGACGAGCCUACCGCUCCCGCCGCGCCCAGAAGCUACGGAGUUUAGUCUCGCGAUUGGGCAAGAACUUGGCAGAGGAGGAAAGACUCAACUCGACACCUGAGACUGGCGAAGCCACCACGCGCACCAACUUUGAGGAGGCCAACAGCUUUGGCGCCGCCCACCUUGAGCGUUCACAAACCUCUCAGGUUUGUUGCCGCGUUCUACAGAGUCAUCGCCGUCGCGAUGGUCAAAUCUUGAAUCUUCCUUGCCCACUUCUGGAACAUUCCGCGAUGGUGGCCCCUAGAAACCUAAGCCUAAAGGACUGGUUACCGCCUCAUGGAAUUCUUUGUGGUUUCUCUUAAACGUGCCUAUCUUCAGGAGUGAAGCUCAAUCUGCACUACGUAAAUCAUUCGAAGAAGUCUGCGACGUGGGCAUCAAAGCUUGGAAUCUCUAUGGGGCCAGUUCAACUUUUCUCGAUGGCCACUGCAGUUUUUUAUCCGUGUGGCUAUUAUCACGCAUCAAUGGGGUUAGGCGCAAGCAAGAGCACUACUACACUGCGCUUGUGUACAAGGACUUGCUUAGUCUGCAGCUCACAACGGCAAAAGCAGUUGCAGCUGAGCGUGCAGUUCAUGGACUCUAUGCCUACUUGAAGUUUCUUUAAUCCGAGCGGCUGAUCAUGCCAUGGCAAUGAUGCCACGGAAGAGGGGCCAGAUUUUGAUCUCCCUCUCCACCACCCUGCAAGCUACGUGCCUUGGUUUCUCCUUGCUGGUUGGGACUUGAGCUUGAGCCGGAGCGAUGCGCAGGGCCCAACACUUUCUAAUUACGGCCCCAAUCACCUCACCUGACGUUCACGCGGCGCAGCGUGCGAGGGUGGCUGCUGGUGCAAUUGUCGAGAUUGGCGCAGUGGAAGCAUGGUCGCAGUCGCUUCAGGCGCGUUUAGCUUGGCUUUUGGAUGCCUCGGGUGGCCCACCGAAGGUAAAGUGUUCAUGGCUGUCCGAGUCAAUCAAGCGCCACGGUGAUCAUAGCAGCGGGCAGGCCAAAAAUGGUGACAUUUCCACCCUCCAGAGCUUGCAAAGUCACCUUGAGCGCGCGAAGAGGGAGCUUUGCCACCAAAGCGCUGGACAACGCCAGGAGGACCAUGGGGAGACAGUGCGGAACAUGGAACUGGUAGCACAGCAGCUUGCUGAACAACGAAUGCAGCUCUACCAAAAGCACCAAGAAGAAGUCAUUUUCUUGAAAGAUCAAGAGGUCGAUCAACAGCUGGUACAACCUGCGUUGGCAGAGCUGAAUCUUCAACAGGAGCACGAGAGGCAGCAAAUGGAAAGACUUUGCGCGGAGCACGAGAUGAAGCUGUGCCAAGCAACAGACGUGCUGCAAGAUGCAAGCCGCAAGGAACGUGAUGUGGUUACCAAUUUCGAGCUUGGCCCAGGGCAAAACUGCGACUACGAGGUAGACUUCCAGGA